UUUGUAUUCACUUCACCUGCUAGGAACAGCAAGAGAGCUAGGCUAAAACAAAAACAUUAGGCAACACCUGUCAACUGCGCAUGCUCGCGGAAUUUCCCGAAUUUCCAAACACUCUUCUCGCGAGAACAGGAAGUUCAGCAGCAUGGCGGUGCUCCUUGAAACGACGUUGGGCGAUGUCGUAAUUGAUUUGUUUACAGAAGAAAGGCCUAAAACUUGCCUCAACUUUCUGAAACUAUGCAAGAUAAAGUACUACAACUACUGCCUCAUCCACAAUGUGCAGAGAGACUUCAUUGUCCAGACUGGGGAUCCCACUGGGACAGGGCGUGGUGGAGAAUCUGUCUACAGCAAACUCUAUGGGGACCAGGCCCGCUUUUUUGAUAUUGAGAAAACGCCACGUAUCAAACACAGGAAGAAGGGGACGGUGUCCAUGGUGAACAAUGGAAAUGAUCAGCAUGGUUCUCAGUUCCUUAUUACCAUGGGGGAAAACUUGGACUACCUGAAUGGAGUCCAUACUGUGUUUGGGGAAGUGACGGAAGGCAUGGACAUCUUGGCCAAAAUCAAUGAGGCCUUUGUGGACAAAGACUUUGUCCCAUUUCAGGAUAUAAGGAUAAACCACACAGUGAUCCUAGAAGACCCUUUUGAUGACCCUCCUGAUUUGCCCGUGCCCGAUCGAUCACCUGAGCCCACCAAAGAGCAGCUGGAUAGCGGCCGAAUCGGAGCGGAUGAAGUGAUCGACGAUGCGGAUGGAAAAGAAGCCGAGGAGUUGGAGGAGAGGUUGAAGGAGAAAGAAGCCAAAACUCAGGCCAUCCUGCUGGAGAUGGUGGGUGACCUCCCAGAUGCAGAUAUGAGGCCACCAGAGAACGUGCUGUUUGUGUGUAAACUAAACCCAGUGACCACAGACGAGGACCUGGAAAUCAUCUUUUCUCGCUUUGGGACCAUAAAAAGCUGUGAAAUCAUCAGAGACUGGAAAAGUGGAGAUUCCCUCUGUUACGCUUUUAUUGAGUUUGAAAAGCAAGAAGACUGUGAGAAGGCCUACUUUAAAAUGGACAACGUGCUCAUUGAUGAUCGGCGCAUUCACGUGGACUUCAGCCAGUCCGUUUCAAAGAUCAAAUGGAAAGGCAAAGGUGGGAAGUAUACUAAAGAUGACUUCAAAGCCUACGAGAAGGAUGUGGACAAACGAUCCAAACUGUCUCUCAAAGAUCAAGCGAAGCCUAAACAAGAUUCCAAGUAUGACCUGCUGAUCGAGGAGGAAGAGGAGGCGACGAGCCAUCGACACUCUGAGAAGAAACACAAGGAGAAGAGGCACCAUCAUCAUUCUGAUGACGAGGACAGCAGGAAGUCCAAAAAGCAAAAGGAGAGCGAGGAUAGCCGGCAAGACAGAAAGAUGGGGCGCCAGCGCUCUCGGUCCCGGUCCCGCUCCAGAGACAGGGACAGGGACCACAAACACAGCAAGUCCCAGCUCAAAUAUGGGAAGGAGGGCCGUGAUAAAGGCCACAGCCACAAAGACCGGAGCCACAGCGGCUCCUCCAAGAAGUCUAAUGACAAAGAGAGGAGUAGGUACAGGUGAGGGGAUGGGUGGGG